AAAUGGUAAUAUUUUGGGGGAGUUAAAAUGGAGGGCUGUGCUUGACGAAUACCCCACAUGAAGUUAGGGUCUUACAGCUGCAGAUACCUUCCCCCAUAAUGUGGAUUUCUCAUGUUGGGUGUCUUGUAGAGUGCUUCGGAGAGAGUACAUAAAGUCUGCCACAAACUCAUUUUUCUUCGGCUUUUUUCCUGCCUACAUUGCCGUGUAUGUUAGAGUUUUGGAGAGCCUAAAAAAUGGAUUCUUGGAGUUCAAGUUGAGUGAAAAUUCAGUCAUUUCCUGGUUGUGUUCUCAAAUGGUUUUUGGCCACUUCUCAAUUUUCAGAUCCGGGUCUUGAGAAACAACUCUUGGGUAUUUGGAGGUUUUUGAUUCGUUUGAGUUGUUGCCAAGUUUUUGGGCUGCUGUUUAUUUAUUUAUUUAUUAUUAUUUUUUCUCUGUGUGAGAAAAAUGGCUCCAAGACUGGAUUUUUCUAAUUUGUGGGGAAAGGAUAACAGGAAAGGAACACCAGUGGUAGUGACAAUGGAGAAUUCAAACUUCUCAGUGGUGGAGAUUAACGGUCCCGAUGGUGCAUUCCGGCCGGUUGAGAAAAGCCGAGGUAAGAAUGCCAAGCAAGUCACAUGGGUUUUGCUUCUCAAGGCUCAUCGAGCUGUGGGUUGCAUAGCUUGGCUAGCCUCUGUCCUUUGGGCAUUGCUUGGUACCAUUAAGAAGCGGUUAAUCUAUGGCCAAGGUGUAGCUGUGGACAGUGAGAGGUUGGGAAAGGGAAAGUUACUGUUUAGGGUUAUUAGAGUGUUCUUGGUAACUUCCUUGGCCGUUCUGGCUUUUGAGGUGGUUGCUUAUUUCAAAGGUUGGCAUUAUUUUCAGAAUCCCAAUUUGCAUAUUCCUAGGCCUUCCGAACUGCAAGGCUGGCUUCACUCGGUCUAUGUUGCUUGGUUAACAUGUCGGGCUGAUUAUAUUGCACCCCCUAUUCAAGCACUCUCUAAGUUUUGUGUUGUUCUUUUCCUUAUCCAGUCUGCAGAUCGUACUAUACUUUGCUUAGGUUGCUUCUGGAUAAAAUUUAAGAAGAUCAAGCCCAAGAUUAAUGGGGAUCUUUUCAAAACGGAUGAUCUUGAGAAAUCAGGCUAUGAGUACCCCAUGGUUCUUGUUCAAAUCCCAAUGUGUAACGAGAAAGAGGUCUACGAGCAAUCUAUCUCAGCAGUAUGUCAAAUUGAUUGGCCAAGGGAUCGUUUACUAAUUCAAGUUCUUGAUGAUUCUAAUGAUGAGAGCAUCCAAUGGUUAAUUCAGGCAGAGGUUGCUCGGUGGAGCCAAAAGGGUGUCAACAUAAUCUAUCGGCAUCGUGUAGUUAGAACUGGUUACAAAGCUGGGAAUCUAAAGUCUGCAAUGGGUUGUGAUUAUAUUAAGGGCUAUGAAUUUGUUGCAAUCUUCGAUGCAGAUUUCCAACCAAAUCCAGAUUUUCUUAAGCAAACGGUGCCUCAUUUCAAGGAUAAUCCUGAACUAGGACUUGUUCAGGCUAGAUGGGCCUUUGUGAACAAGGAUGAGAACUUGUUAACUCGUCUCCAAAACAUUAAUUUGUGUUUCCACUUUGAGGUGGAACAGCAGGUUAAUGGGGUGUUCCUUAAUUUCUUUGGUUUUAAUGGAACAGCUGGUGUUUGGAGAAUUAAAGCCCUUGAAGAUUCUGGAGGCUGGCUGGAAAGAACAACUGUAGAAGAUAUGGAUAUAGCAGUCAGGGCCCAUCUCAAUGGUUGGAAAUUCAUCUUCCUUAACAAUGUAAAGGUGCUUUGUGAACUUCCCGAGUCUUAUGAAGCUUACAGGAAACAACAGCAUCGUUGGCACUCUGGUCCUAUGCAACUGUUUAGAUUGUGUCUUCCAGCAAUUAUAACUUCUAAGAUAGCAGCAUGGAAGAAAACAAACUUGAUAUUGCUGUUCUUUCUAUUGAGGAAACUUAUCCUUCCUUUCUAUUCCUUCACAUUGUUCUGCAUAAUUGUUCCAAUAAGCAUGUUUGUUCCAGAGGCCGAGCUACCUUUGUGGGUCAUCUGUUAUGUUCCCGUUUUUAUGUCAUUCCUCAACAUUCUUCCAGCUCCAAAAUCCUUGCCUUUUGUAGUUCCUUACCUCCUAUUCGAAAACACAAUGUCUGUUACCAAAUUCAAUGCAAUGAUCUCUGGACUCUUCCAGUUGGGUAGCUCUUAUGAAUGGGUUGUAACAAAGAAGGCCGGGAGGUCAUCAGAAUCAGACUUACUAUCAGCUGCUGAAAGGGAAUCAAAGACAAUGAAUCAGUUACAAAUCCAGAGAGGAGUUUCCGAGAGUGAACUUUCUGAAUUGAACAGACUCAACGAACAGAAAGAAGAAACACCAGCACCCGAUAAGAAAGUUAACAAGAUGUAUAAGAAAGAACUUGCUUUGGCAUUCCUCCUCCUCACAGCUGCUGUCAGGAGCCUCUUAUCUGCACAAGGAGUCCAUUUCUACUUCUUACUCUUCCAAGGGGUCACCUUCCUCCUUGUGGGUCUCGAUCUAAUUGGCGAGCAGAUGAGCUAAGAAUGCAUGCAUGGCUGCAAGUAAAAUAAGAAUGCAUGCAUUGCUGCAAGUAAAAUAAGCCCUCAUUUGCCUUUGAAAAUACCAGUGCAGGCAUACCCUCCAAUUCAAUUACAUGAAUUACUUAUAUAGCCCAUAGUUCCAUUUGAAUGGAUAGGAACUUACUCUAUUAAUGGUUCGCUCCCAAUACCAUAUCCUUCUGUUUUUUACCUCAUAUUUUUUCAUCCCUAUAAAAGGGCAGUGGUCAUUGAUCUUUUCCGUAGGUAUUAAACUGUCCUAGGUUGCUAUAUAUAGGUUGGAGUGGAAUAUUUAUUUUCGUUCCUUUUCAUUAUAUUCCUUGUAGCUAUUAUCGAUUCUUACUUGGUUGUGAUUUGGCAUUUCAGAUUCAGAAAGCCAAAUAUUGUAAUUGUAAAACCCAAAAAAGAGGUUUGAGAGUGGAGUGUAAGGGUGAUGAUCUUGCCUAAUGUUCUGUUUUUUUUAUUAUUUUUGUUUUUUGGGGUUGUAGGUUCCUUCUUCAUAGUAAGUGAGACAUGUAGAACAUUUUUCUGUACAUUUAUUCUCUAUCAGCCAGCAAAGCAAAUAAUCUCUCUCUCUCUCUCUGAA